AUGGCCUUCUACGACGAUCCUGGGAGUGAUUCCCAGCCAUUUGGGAGACCGCCAAAAUCCUACGAAGGCGGAAUCGCUGGACCGCGACGGCCAAGACUCGUGACCGACUACGGCUCAUCGCUGGUGCAAUGGAUGCGCACACGGAAACCCCGAUACAAAGGAGGUCAUCAGCUGGAGGUGGAAAGGCCUAGUGCAAGCUAUGUGGUUGAUAUGCUACCCCCACUCGCACGAGUUCACUCUCCAGCAGACACCAUACCAGUGCGACAUCUACACCAGUCGAUUGGCAAAUCGAAAAAGCCGAUUACAGUCGUGAGAUGGACACCAGAAGGGAGGCGUCUACUGACGGGUGGACACACUGGCGAGUUCAUGUUAUGGAAUGGAACUGCCUUCAACUUUGAAACGGUCAUGGAUGCACACUAUGAUCAAUUGCAAGCCGGAGUAACUUCCUUGGCGUGGUCCCACAGCCACGACUGGUUGAUAUCUGGAGGACAGAAGGGCGAUGUGAAAUAUUGGCGACCUAACUUUAACAACGUCGAGACGAUUGAUGACGCGCACCAUGAUGCGGUUCGCGACCUAGCCUGGUCCCCCAGUGAUACCAAAUUCCUCUCGGCAUCUGAUGACACCACGUUGAAGAUCUUUGACUUUACCGCGAGAACCUGCGACACCGUGCUUACUGGUCACAAUUGGGACGUAAAGUCCUGCGAUUGGCAUCCCACCAAAGGUCUUCUUGUCUCUGGAUCUAAGGAUCACCAGGUCAAGUUUUGGGAUCCACGCACUGCAAGGUGCCUAACAACCCUUCACAGUCACAAGAAUACCGUCACAGCAACGAGGUUCUCUCGGGUAAACAACAAUCUUCUAGCUACAUCCUCUCGCGACCAAACGGCGAGAGUCUUCGACCUCCGCAUGAUGCGGGAUAUUUGUAUCCUUCGAGGCCACGAGAAACCCGUGUCAUCCCUAACAUGGCACCCUAUCCACAGCUCCCUCAUUUCGACUGGAAGUGAGGAUGGCUCACUGUACCAUUACCUGCUUGACGAACCAAAUUUGCCUUCCGGGCAAAUACCUACGAUCGCGCCUUAUGACAGCCCUGACCCGGCUAACACACCAGCUCAGGUCAUCUAUCCUGCCCACAAGGUACAAUACGCACAUGGUGCCACUAUUUGGUCACUUGACUGGCAUCCUCUAGGUCAUAUUCUUGCGUCCGGCUCUAAAGACAACUUUACACGGUUCUGGUCAAGGGCCAGGCCCGGGGAGACUAGUUACAUGAAAGAUAGAUUCCACAUCGGAGAGGAGGCGGCGGAAGCCCAGGGAACCUGGAGCCGUGGCUUUGGGAGGCGACAGAUGCGUGAAGAAGAAGAACAGGAGCUUCAAGAUGAGGCCGAGGGCUUGGUCGACCAAAGGAAACCCACUGGCAUGGGUGGUCUUCCUGGAAUCCAAUUUGCACCACCUGGCGCUGCACCUCAGCAAGACGGGAUGGGUUCAUUACUGCCAGGAAUUGGUGCUCCGCAGCCUCCACCUCAGCCUGGGUUUUCCACUUCCAUGCCUCAGAUGGAUCCUGGCCGUCUAGCAGCCUUGUUGUCUACUCAAGCACCCCCUCAACCGAACAAUUUCCCUCCGGCGGGUGGUUUGCCUGGGUUUCCCAUGCACCCUGCCAUGUCAGGUACUCCUCCGGUGAACGUGGACCUUGCGGAGCUACAGAAGCAGCUUCUGUCCCAAGGAAUAUCGUUACCGCAUAAUUUUGCCCCGCCAAACUUCCCUGGUAUGCCCGGGGGUCUUCCCGGUCUGCAAGGGAGCGGGACGCCUGAUCAUGGAUAUGGAAGAUAA